AACCAUCGGCGGGAGAAAACGAUUAAAGCGUCUUUCAUAAUUGCUAUUUUAUUGUUAUCCUCGAAUCGUUUUAAUUAAAGAUAUAGAUUGUAUAUUUUCAAUUAUAUUUACACAGCCCAGGAAUGUUAUAAGAAAAGUUUGUGAGCGUUAUUUUACCGCCCCCUCCUGUUUUUUGUUUUUAUUUUUAUUUUCUACAACUUCAGUCCAACUGCAUGUGUCACAAACACUGCCUUAUCAGAAUGCAGUCUUCUAAAUUUGUAGUCAAGUGUGGGAAUUUCGCCGUGCUGGUGGAUCUUCACAUACUGCCCUUAGGCAGCCAAGACAAUGCCAGCUGGUUCUCUCCAGAGCACAGGAAGGAAGUCGGCUCUCUGAUUAGAGAUGCAUUGGAGCUGAGGGUGAGGCAGUUUCAAGAGGCCAGAUACCAGAAGAUCCAGCCCAAACCGAGGAAGGAUCUCACCCUGACCGCCCCACUCUGUCUUGAAGGUGGGAAUGUUCGCCUGGCGGUGCACUUCAUGAAACGACACGUCAACCUGAGAUGCAUUAUCAGGCAGCACUACAGAGAGUUGCGUGUGUUUCCUGAGCGUGUUGUAGUGUGUGCCAGUCAUCCAGAGAAUUCUGCACUUCCCAGUGGAAAUCUGAACCUGGAUGUGAGUGAACCAAGCCAUUCAAAGUAUUUUUCUGGCUCUGGUGAGAUGAUAGAUCCAUUACCCAGCUCCACAGCAACAAAAAGAACCAUUCUUCAGAAGAUUGCCAGGCAGGCUAAAGUCCAACCCCAACAACGCCAAGAUGAUCAAGCGGACAAAGCUGAGAAGGGGUCUGCUGAAGCAUGUCAUCCUAUCACCAUAUCGUCUAGCAGCUUUCUCACGGGUGAGUCAUUGGUGGAAGGGAAAGCCGUGCUGUCAUCUAAAUUAAGUAACAGUAAAGAGGUCACCAAACCACAUCUUGAUGCUACCGGUCCGAAGAGACGACCACGGACCCCAAGUAGCUCAAGAGAAGACGCUGACCACCAAAAGUCAAAAAGAUCUCGUCUUGGAGAGCCUGCAGUGUCAAGCGAUUCCAACAACCCCUCUUCCGACGUUGCCGCUCCAGACUCAGUUUGCAGUCCCCAGCCUGAGAUUUCACAGACUAACCAAAGCGGGCUGGCCGCAAGUUUGAGAGGCCUAUCCGUCAAGCCCGUAUCCUCUGGCACCUCCAUUAGUUCCAGAUCUGUCGCCAGAGAGGGAAGGAAGGGGGGUGAGCCCAGAACAUCCCGAUUGCGCCGGCUCAAGAAGUCCUGAGGGGCGCAGCGGCAUAGAACGAGAGAGGAUGUCUGACGCCACCACGAUGGAUGUUACAGUACACACUUCUACUGUAAUACUGUCUGUCAGCGGCGGUUGCACAAGAGUUCACCACACACAGUCUCUGCACAUACAGUACUUUCCUUCUCCCUUUAAAGUAAAAAACACAAAACUGCUUGAACGCUUGAAUUAGAUUACCAAGAAGCUCUCAAAUAUUUGAAUCGACUCCACUAGCAACAGCUUAAAAGGAACUCAAGCAAACAGUAACUUUACUCUAAACAAAAACACAAAUGCAGUUCGCGUUUUCAGUGUAAGAUUUGUAUUUCAGACUAGCGGGAGCCGUUGAGCACACUGUGGCUUCAAGCCCAAAUCUCUGGCUCCAUCCGUCUGAAAUCUCCACUCUUCCAGCUUCAGCUGAGCACAUGAUUGAUUUCGCUGUGUUCUCACAUACACCGCGCUCCUUAAGCGAUCAGGGGUUUUCACCGUUGGAGCCGACUGCCGUCUCCCUGCGGUUAUUAUUUGUAAAUGUGUUAUUGCUUUUUGUAACAGCUAAAAGUCUGCUGCGGGAUGACUGACAACGUUAUGGAACGCUGUAGUGGCGCUCGAGUCCGAUAUUUGGCUAAUCACGGGUGCAGUCGACAUUGAUUUAGUGCGUGAUGGCAGGAUGAUUAUAUGUAUGGACAUAAAUUAGUUGAGUCACGUGCUUUAUUUUCCAGCCGUGCUUACAAAUCACUUUUUGUUUAUGUAUUUAGUAUAAUAGAUAUGUGUCAUAAAAACGUUAUCAGAAUAUACAAACAUUGUGCAGUAAUAAUCCCAUAACGUGGCAGUCAGAAUGCUUCUGAUUUAGAGUUACAACAUAUUUCUCUGUAAAUUCUGAUGCUGUCAUGAAAUUCUAAUUGUUAAAGAUAGCAAACCGUUUGUUCUUAAUCAAACAAUGUCCAUGGAAUACCCUAAAAACUGAAUGCAGUCUACUGUACUGCCUUACAAUAUAACUCAUGUUUUACUAUUACUUAAUCAUUAAUAAUAAAGGAAUUCUGAUUUCUUGACUUAUCUAUCUAGUGCUCGGAAUGACAUACUUUAACGUUGGAGAUCAACCUUCAGCAAAUUGAAGCUUAAAAUAACUGAAGUAGCAACAGAUCUUUUCCAUAUUGUGACUUGCAUUAAAGUGUAACAGAUUACUGAAAAAUAAAUAUUUAACGUAAGUUGGGAAAAAUGUAGGUCUGUUUAUUGGUUGUUAAUAAGAUUUUGAGAUGGGUUGGGUUUUAAGUGGACUAAAUGCUUGGAGAAAUCCAGCAUACAUCACAAGGAGAAGAUUGAGUUAUGACAUUUUGAUUAAGGUCAGGAUAAUAACAUGCAUUUACAAAUUAGAAUUUUCAGUUCAUGUCAAUUUAAAAAGAACAAUUUUAACUAGGGCUGCAACUAACGAUUAUUUUAAUAAUCGAUUAAUCUGUCGAUUAUUUUUUCGAUUAAUCGAUGAAUCGGAUUUAAAAAAAAAAAAGCAUUCAUUUCCAACCCUUUAUUCAAAAACAGAACUAAAAUCUUUAGAAAGUGCACAAACAUGUUGCUCCUUGAACAUCCCUGAGCUGUUAUAAUAAUAAUAAAAUAAAAUAAAAAUGGACUAACACAAAAAACAUACACAUGUAUGCUUUACAUACAACUGCGUCGUUAGCGUUGGUAUUGUAUCAGACACCUGCACUUAACAUUAUAUGAAAAUCAAGCUCAAAUGGAGUUAAUAAUGUUUUUGACCAGAGAAUGACGGAGAUGGAGUGUUUUGUCUGUCGUUAGAACGGCUGUAACUGUUAUGCAGUGCAUAAGUGCAUUAAGUGCAUUAUGCUUUCAUCAACUUUUACAGGUUAUAUAACUUUGAUUGUAGCUAUAUGGGCGCUUAGUUUUUUCUUGUUGUUUAAUACACUUGGCCAAAAUCUCAAAUUAAGCGCUUAUGCACAUAAUGCACAGGAUAUUUAAAACGUAUAUAGACAGCAAAUAACUAAUUCUUCUCCACUCUUCAAACACACAAAAACAUUAUCCUUUACUGACAUAGUGUUUGAGUAAAGAAAACGCUGUACUAUUCAAACACCAAUUAUUUAUUCACCCUUGCAUUGCGAAAAAGCAGAGAUCUCAUCUUCUCCAGGC